AUGACGACGCCACCUCCACCUCGCCUCUUUCGAGCCGAUGUAGUCCACUUCAAGCAGGGCAAAGAUGACGACUACAAAGUCGGCAUGGUCUCGAGGUGCUACCUCGACGAGAUUGAUGCGGAUCCACAUUCGUUUGCCAAGACGGGUCUGGAUCGCCAGCUCAAGGAAGGCGAAUACGGCGUCCUCUGGUAUCCUUGCGGGGAGAGGCAGAUCGUUUCAGCCACCGAACUCGAUCUUGUCGACCGAGUUUUUGCUGUGGGCUCUACUUGCAAGCGUUCCCUCGGGGACGCCUGCUCAGGUGUCGUCACUGCUACCUCCAGCACGCUCAAGCUCCAGCACCUCUUCAGCAGAGAAGAAAUUGCUGACUCAGUCCCAGCUAGUGAUGUCGUCAAGAGCAACCAUCUCAAUCACGGAGACCUUGUCAUUGCCGAUGACUGGAUCGGAGAGAUCGACGGUGUCGUCGAGGAAGCGCUCGUGGGCAACCCCGACAACGACCGGCUCGUACGCGUCUGCGAGAUUGGCGGUCGUCUUCUGCUCGGUAAGAUUCCCAAGGAGCACAUGGUAGAAGACCAUGUCGGCAUGAACCUCGUUCAGCUCGGCAUUCGAGAGGCCUCAAUCGUCGAUAUCAAGCAAACAGUCAUCUACAUCAACUGGCUGGCGCUCAAUCAGAAGCUCAGUCCAGAGGAGCAGGCAAAGCGGCCCAAGCCACCAGCGCUUUGGACCGACUACAGCAAGCUCACCAUGGUCAAGGCCUUCUCGGAACGCAACCACGAGAUCGGAGACCGAGUCAUAUUCCCGACGCAGGCGCUCAAGGACAAGUACGGCGCGAAGAUCACUUACCAUGGACGUCAACGUCAUCCCGUCGAUGUGAUGCUCAUCGUCGGAACCCAGACCGAACUUGAAGUGCUGUGGCAAGACGGCACCCGCACCAAGGAGCAGGCCCGCGACAUGAUUCCGCACGUCAACCUCGAUGAGCACGAGUCGUGGCCCGGUGACUGGGUCUACUGGAAGUCGGACGAGCACGGCAGUGUGCCCCGUGUCGUUCAGAGCAUGGAUCCGCUCGAGCGUACGGCCGAGCUCCGUAAGCCUCUGUCCGAGCCCGCCGAGAUCGAGCUGGUUCCUUCACUGGAGAUCGACGUUCAAGGAGCCGACCACAGCGUCUUCAGCCUGCAUCGCGGCGACUCGGUGAUGAUCUCUGAGCGGCCCACCGGAUGGGCUGGUCCCUUCCUAACCACAGUCGGGGAUCCGCGCCCCGAUUACGAUGAUGUCCAGAUGCACAACGACCUGAUGAAUGCCGAAAUGACCAUCGUCGCUGUUCAGGGUCACGAAGACAAAAGGACAAAAUCUGGCUCAGAAGCCACCGAAAUCGACUGGUACGGCACUGUCGAAGAGCUGUUGCUUGAUGGAACCUGCCGGGUCCGAUUGCCGUGUGGCAGAAGGGUGGUCGAAAAGCUGGAAAAGCUGCAGAUCUUGUCCGACUCGGGAUUCGGCAUGCACGAGCACGCCAUGAUGGACGACGACAUGCACGAUCCAUGGAGCAUGGAUCCGGAGGCCGACUACGACGAUGAUAUGAUGGACGACGAGUACGACGAUGAAUACGACGAGGAGGAGGAUGCCAUGUGGGUCGACCAGAACGGACAGGUGGUAAGCAAUGGCAGGGACGACUGGGAGGACAUGUCAGACGGUGCACCAGAGGUGGCGGAGAUUCACGUCGACGAGCCCAAGCUAGAGCCCGAGCCAGCUGAGAAGAAGGAGGAUGCUCCGCCAGCAGUCGAUGAGCAGGAGACCGCUACCGCUCAAAAGGCUAUGGAAGCCAUUAUCCCCUCUUCCGACUUGGCGAACGCCGAAGAGCCCUCUGCGCCGCCGCCCACGGAGCUCGCCGCGGCCAGCAGCGACAGCGACUGGAACCAGUUCGCUGUUCUCGAAUCUGCGCCCACCUCGCACGCAUUCUACUCGAAGCCCCUCGCGACGCAACCUGCUGCUGCCUUCUUCAAGCGCCUUCAGAAGGAGAUGAAGGUGCUCCACUCGUCGCUUCCCGAAACAAUCCUGGUGCGCGCAUACGAGGACCGGUCCGACCUCUUGCGUGUGCUGAUCAUCGGCUCCGAAGGUACACCGUACGAAAACGCUCCGUUUCUGCUUGACUUCCAGCUGACCUCGGACUUCCCCAACAGUCCUCCCGUGGCGCAUUUCCACUCGUGGACCAAUGGGCACGGUCGUGUGUCGCCGAAUCUGUACGAAGACGGGAAGGUGUGCUUGUCGGUGCUGGGAACGUGGUCCGGGGUGGCGGAAGAGAACUGGACGCCGAACAAGAGCUCGCUGCUGCAGGUGUUCGUGUCGAUCCAGGCGCUGGUGCUCGUGCGCGAGCCGUACUUCACCGAGCCGGCGUACGAAAAGCUGAAGGGCAAAGAGGAGAGCAAGGUCAACUCGAAGCUGUACAACGAAAAGGCGUACAUCUUGUCGCGUGGAUUUGUGAAGAAGGCGCUGGAGAAUCGACCCGCCGGCUUCGAGCGCGAACUGGAGCUGUUCUACUUCGACUCGGGCAAUCUGAGCAAGGUGAUUGAGCGUGUCGAGGGGCUGUUGCAGGCUGGCGGGGGGAGUGCCGCGGAAAUGAAGGCGGACGAUGCGGAGCAGGCCGUGCAGGGCCUGACGAAGGGCGGCGGCAUCAUGCUCGGUCGCACGGUCAAGGCUUUGCGUGCCAUUCUCGAUGCGCGUCCGUCGAAGGCUUGA